GUCGGCCGAAUCCCCGCCUCUUCCGGUGGGCCCAACAAGGGGCGGGACUCUGUGACGCACACAUGACGCAGGCAGGGGUAUAAAUAGAGGACGGGCUGCGGGCCCUCGCACAGGAGCCGCCGGCGAGGGGGCAAAGAGGAAGCUUUAUUGAAGCCGGAGAGAAGUUGAAAUUACAGACAUCCUGCCAAAAUGAUUUCUUCAAAGCCCAGACUUGUUGUACCCUAUGGCCUCAAGACUCUGCUUGAGGGAGUCAGCAGGGCCAUUCUCAAAACCAACCCAACAAAUAUCACCCAGUUUGCAGCAGUUUAUUUUAAAGAACUCAUUGUGUUUAGAGAAGGGAAUUCAUCUCUGGAUAUAAAAGAUCUGAUUAAACAGUUUCAUCAGACAAAAGUAGAGAAAUGGGCCGAAGGAGUGACAGUGGAGAAGAAAGAGUGUGCAAAGGAACCGGGAAGAACACUUCCAGUUCCCUGCGAACCUACACGGAUGGAAAAAUCCACAGACACGGAGGAGGACAAUGUAGCUGGACCACUAUUUAGCAACAAAACCACCCAGUUUCCAUCAGUUCACGCUGAAGUUCAGCCCGAGGAGACAAACGAAGGAGCCUGGGGCCCUUCUUCCAAACCAACCACACCUAAGACUACCACCCCACCCUCCUCACCACCUCCAGCACCUGUCUCUGCAGAGUAUGCCUAUGUCCCGGCUGACCCAGCUCAGUUUGCUGCUCAGAUGUUAGGUAAUGUUCCAUCUACCUAUUCUGAAGUUUUAAUGGUGGAUGUGGCAACAAGUACCCAGGACUCCCUGAGUGCAGAGAUUGAUGAAGAAGUCGUGGUGUCUGCUCCUCUGGUGUGCUCUGGAGAGAUGUUAGCAGUGCAGGUUAUGAGCCAAACAUCUGUGCAGGCAGUUGUGGGUCCUAAGUUUAAGGCUGAACCAUCAAAGGCUUCCUCAGCCCCCUUGCAGGGUGAACAAGAACCUCCUGCUUUUGACGAAGCUCCUGACACUCAGGUUACAUCAGCCUUUCAUGUGUCAUCUGUAUAUAACGAUGUGCCUGUCAAUGAAGGAGUUGUCUAUGUUGAGCAGAUACCAGGAUACAUAGUUAUCCCGUUUACUGAGCAGUCACCACCAGUUAGUUCCAAACCUGUAGAAAACAAGACUUCCUCAGGCAUGUCUAAAAUAUCUAUAGAGUCUCUGAAAUUUGUACAGGUGGAGAAUUCCCAACACAAGCCCUCAGUACAUAUGGAGGCAGAAGCUACAGUUCUGCUCUCUAACCCUGCUCUAGAGGGUCAACCUGAGGUGCCUGCAGAGCCCCUGGAUGCAGAGCGCUUUAUCAAAAUAGCCUCUGAGAAUUCUCUGCACCUUGAAAUGGAGAUCGUUACCAUAAACCCUGACAAUCCUGGCCAGGAGGAGUCAGGGGAGACCUCUGCACCCUGUUCAUCUGGUGACCCUUUCCCUCCUGCGCCAGGAGGCUUUACUGAACCUGAAAUCCAACCCGAUGGGGAAGAUGCACCUGAACAGGUUUGAUGAAGCCAGCACUAGCAACAAGCGAAGCAGGACAACCACCACCAUAUUCUAAUAUGUGGACACUUUAUUGUCUAACUGAUAUGAAUCAACAAAGUCGCCCAUCACCGCCACCUGCACUUGGGCCUUUUCCCCAAGCAACCCUCUAUUUACCUAAUCC